GGGAGGGUUGCCUUUUUGCUUUUAAAUAAAAAAAAAAAAAAAAGUUAGUUGCGUUGUCGUGCCAAUUUGUUGUUUCAUUUUGGUUUCAAGAUUUGAAUGCGCGUUCCCGGGACAAAGAUGCUGGUCGUAUUAACCCUAUCAAUUCUAAUGUAAGGUUUCGCGAGAAAAAAGAAAGGAAAAGAAAACUUAGAAAGGAAAGAAAACUUCCCGUUGUAAUCCAUCUGCGGCUCAGAAGCCAUAACAUCCAAAUCGAUUCACGGGGCAUUACGUUCAACUGGGUAACUGCAUUUCUCGAAUUGGCCUCCACCAUCGGAGGAGACCGGCCAUGACUACCUCUACUGCCUCCAAGGCUCUCUCCAUCCCGUUCGAUUUCUCGCCCGAUUUGCCGCCGAGACUCAUUCUCACCCCAGAUCAGCUCAGCCGCUGCUCCGAAGCUCUUGGGUUCUUCAGGGAGAGGCUCUCUAUGCCACAGACUAUCAACCAGGAAUUCGCUCGCUUGCUGGCCGGUAGGAUAACCCCAUCUGAGAUGAGGAGAAACUGUACUGUGGCUCUUAACGGCGUCAAUUUGAACAAGAAUCGCUAUACGGAUGUCUUACCAUUUGACAAGAGUAGGGUUGUUCUUAACUCAUGUAAGGAUUACAGACCGGCAGCAAAUGGCUACAUAAAUGCGAGCCUUGUCAUGGCUUCUUCCUUCGAGAACGUUUCUCAAUUUAUUGCCACUCAAGGUCCACUACCGCAUACCUAUGAGGAUUUUUGGGAGAUGGUGAUCCAGUACCGUUGCCCUGUGGUUGUGAUGUUGACUAGGUUGGUGGACAAUUACAAGAUGGUAAAAUGUGGAGAUUAUUUCCAGGCGGAAGAUGGUCCCAGGGAAUUUGGUAAUAUAACUAUAGCUACUAAAUGGAUAAGAAAUACAGAAACUUCAUUAGUGUUACGCCUUUUGGAGGUAAACUAUAAUGAGUCAGAGGAGGCACCCGUAUCUGUUCUUCAUGUUCAGUACCCAGAGUGGCCUGAUCAUGGAGUUCCAAAGGACACAUUUGCUGUGCGUGAAAUUUUAAAAAGAAUAUAUAAUGUGCCACCUAAUCUUGGUCCCAUAGUGGUCCACUGCAGUGCAGGUAUUGGGAGAACUGGAACAUAUUGCACCAUUCAUAACACGAUCCAAAGAAUCCUUGCUGGAGACAUGUCUGCUUUAGACCUUGUUAAUACCAUAACUAUGUUUAGGUCUCAGAGAAUUGGAAUGGUCCAAACACCGGAUCAAUAUCUUUUCUGCUAUAAGGCAAUCAUUGACGAAUUAGAAGACCUAAUUUCAGAGUUCAAUACUCGGAGCUCAAAAUGGUAGCUAGAUCAAUAAUCGUUGCUCAUCCUUCGUACCAAUGGUCAAUAAGGGUGAGAGAAGUCCAGCUCCCUGCAUAUUUCUUCAAAGUUGAAUAAACAAGGGAUUCUAUGCUUCUUCCUGUAUGUUUUUGUUAUUCAGCAGUUGGAUCCGGUUCCUUAUGCCGAACAACUAAUAUCUCCUCAAAUCCAGCUGAUGUUCGGAAUGAUUCAAAUGGCCUGUAUUUCAAGUUCUCAUGAUUCCUUGAAUCCUCGCAGUUAAUUAGAAAAAUGAACGGACUUACAGCCAUUACAGGCUUUCGAUUCAAGGAGCAUUGACAGUUUGAAGUUUUUGUUUUCUGUUAAGGCCAGUAAGUCGAUUGUGAAUGCUGAGUUACAGUCAUAAAUACUAAAAAUGAUUUGCAAAGUUCUCUUUGUUGACAAUGGUCAUUGUUAAUUGAACUAUAUAGAGUUUCUGUCUUGAGUUCAA